UCUAAUGUUCGCAUAAUCUGCAGCUGAUCCAGCUGUACAUUUUGAUUCAGAAGGAGAUUUUAGUAUAAUAAUAUAGUAGAGGAGUACGUUUGGCAACAACUGAUUAUUGACAACCAUGCAGGCUUAUUCACUUCUUAUGUAUGAAGGUGUGGGCUAAUCUGACAAAGCUAACUGGACCACUCAGCCUACUGCCACCAGCUCACUUGUGUUUAUUCAGGAUUUCUGAGCUGAUAAAAAGACCUAGUGCCCAGUAGUUGGGGAGGGUCUAGCUUUGUGUCCAUCAAGAGUGGAUUUUAUAAUCUUGCAUCCUGUUUCUAAGUUUACCACUGCAGUGGUUAAUUAUGGUUAUUUGCUACCUCUCGAUGCCGGGGAUCAGAAAGUAGAGGGCAAAGUGGAAUUUUUGAAAACUGUUUUUGGGCAGGUGGUCGAUUCCUAAGCAACACUGAAUUUGGAUACUUUGUUUUUCUGCUUAUCUGCUGGUUUACUCAGUACAUGGAGAACGUCAAUGGGCUUGUCAUCCCAAUAUGAACCAAACAUGAGCAAUGAAGAUGAAGAUAGGCGGGGUGGUAUAUCGUACGGUAGAGAUGAUAAAGCUGCCAAGUAUGUUCGCAUGUUAGGUGAUAUAAAAAAUUCCAUUAAUGACAUGCAGAAUAUUGAAUUGGGCAGCAGAGUGCCAUUGAAACGGAGAUACUCUCUGCCAGAACGAGAUGUUAAACUUUUACAAGGCCUUAAUCAUGAUUCUAGAUGUAAGGCCCUUUCUACAAGAACGCGUUCCUCCAGUCUGUGCAGAGUGCAUAAAUACUCGCGGAAGAGUGAGAAGAAAAGUCGACACCAUGUCGCCAAUAGAGAAUCCAUCCACCUUGAUGGUCAGUAUCCAGGCCAAAUUAAGAAACUGGUUUCCAAUAAUAUAGGACGAUGGGACUUUGAUAUAUUUCACUUAGAACAGAUAACAGCAGGCCAUCCAUUAGAACCAGUAGUAAUGGAAUUAUUCCAAAAAUAUGACCUAAUUAGAACAUUUCGUCUGGAUUCAUUACAAUUGCGUCGUUGUAUAGGAUUAAUUCAUAAGGGGUACUAUAACGUUAACCCAUAUCACAAUGCCACACAUGCAGCAGAUGUGACUCAAGCAAUGCAUUGUUAUAUUCAUGAUCAAAAGCUGUUCAGUAACUUGCAACCAAUUGAAAUCAUGUCUGCACUUCUUGCUGCCAUGACACAUGACCUUGAUCAUCCAGGUGUGAAUCAGGUGUUCCUUAUCACCUGUAAACAUCACCUAGCAUCAUUGUACAAGCAAAAUUCAGUACUGGAGAAUCAUCAUUUUCGGGCAGCAAUAUCUCUGAUACGAGAAUGUGGAGUGUUUAACCAUUUACCAAAAUCAGAAUGGAAUAAUAUUAAGAGGUUAAUCCGUGAACUCAUCCUGGCCACAGACAUUGCACGACAGGCAGAAUUUCUCAAAAAGUUUGAGGAACAUCUCAAUCAAAAGACACUGCAUAUGGAAGCAAAUUCCAGCCACCGUCUGUUCGUUUUACAAAUUGCUCUAAAAUGUGCAGAUAUUUGCAAUCCAUGUCGAAAAUGGGAAGUUAGUAGUCGAUGGAGUAGGAUGAUUGUGAGGGAAUUUUUUGGACAAGGUGAUCAAGAAAGACGGCUUGGAUUACAAGUUUCAGAACUCAAUGACCGUACUAAAAACACCUGCGCCAAAAUUCAAGACGGUUUUAUUAGGUUCGUUGUUGAGCCAUUGUUUGAGCUCUGGAAUCGUUUUCAACCCAGCCAGCUGUCAAAAUACAUGCUAGAAAAUGCACGAAGUAACCAAAAACGCUGGAUAGAAAUCAAACAAAAAGAAGCAGAAAAGAAAGAGAAAGCAUUGAAUGAGAGGCAAGAAGAACAGUUGGAAGUUAAAAAUGGAACAAAUCUUAAAGAAAGAACUCUAAAUGUUGAGAGGAAAGAAAAACAAACGGAACCAGUGUGCAAUGGACAUGUUGUGAAAUUGCAAAAGACUGAUACUGAGCAUCCAAUCUCAGAAACCAAUCAGGUAUUAACACAGGAUCUUAAGACACACAAUUUAAAAGACAUUAUGACUCAAACAUCUACGUGCAAUUCAGACACCAAAGCUACUCAAACAAAUCAGAAUGUUUUAAAACAAACAUCUACAUUGCCCACCAAGCAACAUUCACUAGACCAUUUGCAUACAAAUGUGGUUGGUUAUUCAGGCUUAAGUCGCUCCAACACAAGCCAUCCUCAUGCUGAUGUACCGACGUUGUCAAAUCAGCUGGCAACACCUUUGCGAACAAACUCAGAGGAAGUUAUUCCACCAGAUACAGACUUACAUGUUUCUAAGGUCUACCAGCCUGUUGAACGUAAACGCAGUAACACUAAUGUAGAUAUGCACAGGGACGUCUCAAAUCUGUUGCCACUUCGCUUACAGAAAAUAAGUAACCCACAUACUAUCAAAAGUUUUGAGGACCCUUGGCGUCGACGCGACCUCGAUCAGGACCGUUCACUAACUUAUAAAUUUCAAGGACUUAAUAAUAAUGUUGUCGGGAAAUAUGCACCCGAUGCAAAGUCAGAGAAUACCGGUAAACCUAGCGUCUCAUUUAGACUAGGUACUCACUUGCACUCACAAAUGGACUCAAGGAGCUCACCAUCCUUUGAUUAUUUACGAAGUAGCCCCAGUAAUUUAGGAUCUCCCGCUAUCAAGAAAAGAAUGCAUGAAUUAAACAUACGUAGAAUUGAUAUGCGGUUUCAAGGUGACUUAUCUCCAAGACCUAGGAGGAAGGGCGAGUAUGGGUAUUUAGGUGCAUUUGAACCACUAGUGCAACAGUUUGCCUUAGAUCAAAGACGAAAAGUACAAGAAUUUCAGCAGCAGCGAAAGGAUGUUUCGGUCCCUUUAAGGUCAAAUCUCAGUGGCAGCCAAAGUACAGGUGAUUCGUUGCAAUUACCACGGAAUGGAAGUGUAGCAAGUAGAGUAAGGCAGAUGGAUCCCAAUUUAUAGCAAAAGAACAAAUGAAUUUUAUAACUGUAUGAUAAACUGUGACUGGUUGAAUCCAGUUCUGUCUGGUGUGUGUUGGAAGAUUCCAGAAGCAUAGCAAUGUGCAAACUUUCACUGGUUCAAACUGGUUAGAUACAUUAGCUUUACAUUAGGGAAAUAGUAAAGUAGCUGUAGAAAUAUCUUCAUGAUUUAGAGCCAUUUUGAAUGAGACUAAAAUGCUUGUUGAAGUGUUUUACCAGUUCAAGUUGCUCUAGAUUUUUAGAAGAGGAAAUAUUUAUUUAAGUUUAUCAGAAAUUGUUGUCAGUCUUUCUUACUAUCACUUCAUGUUGUAAAUUUAAGCUAUCUUGAACAUCACCGAAAUGGAGAUGGUGCAUCUUUUAUACACUUUUGUAUUUAACUUUUUGGUUUGUGAUUGUGAAGCAUGUGUGAUGCUAAACGUGUUACAUACAGUAAAUACUAAUACUAGAUUUUUAGCAGUUGUUAAUUGUGCACUGCCAAUGUUUUUUGAAAGACAUCUAUUCAUAUCUUAAUGUUUUCCCUUCUGCAUUACCACCAAUGUUGUUUGCUUCGUAAAUGCUAUGGAAUUAGAUAAAUUUUAUUUCAAAGAGCGAAUCUAAGAACCAUUAGAAUUUGAAUAAAUGUUUAUUUGUACCAAGUCAUUAUUAACCAGAUAACAGGUUUAUUAGAGUUCACAGGUUAAUGUUAAUUUAACUACCGAGUUAAUAAAUGUGAGCUGUCGUGACAAAGUGAGUCUUGUGGUACGCCAGGUCAAUUUGAUAUCUUCAAGAAAAUAUAAGUAAAAUUUUGUCAAAGAUUGGGUUUAAAUUUUUCUGAUAUGUUUUAUAUGUAUAUUUCACAGUAGCAAAAUGUCUGAGUUGAGUUUCCUAAGGUAAUCAUGUUUUUGAGGCACAUUAAAGCUAAUUUUCGGAAUUGAUAAGAAAACCAACACAAAAUUUUUCAGUUGUUCAUCUUUAGAGGCAUUUUUCUCUUUUCUUUUUUUAGACAUCUGAACUUUAAAAUGAUCUUACUCUGGUUUUACUCAACCCAGGAACAUGAUUAAAAGACCACAAUAAAGCUUAUCAUCUUAUCAUAGUCAUCUAUCUAAAUAUAUCAAUAACUAAUUUUUCAUUUUUCGUACCACAAGAUUCAUUUUGUCACGGCAGCUCACAAAUUAUAGGUAAUGUUAACCAGUUAUUUUGUUUUAUAUCCAAUAUUAACUAGUUUAAUAUUAUUUAAUUUAUACCCACUUAAUGUUAUUUUAUCAGAAACUGCAAAAAAGUUGAUAUAUAAUAUAACAAUAAUUGUAUCUAUAGAACUUUAAUUCAUAUAGUAAAUUUGUUUUUAUAAUUAUUUUGCAGACAAAAUCAACUUGAAGUGACUCAUAAUUAGAUUUUAUUUGGACAAUUUCCAUUACUAAUUAAUGCUAAUUUAAUUUUAUAUGAUUGCGAUUAUUCAUUUACCUCAUUAAUUAUGCAUGGUCAAGUAAUGAUUUAUAUCUAAAUAAAUCUAAGUGUCUUUCAAUUGAUUGGCUCUAAUAGACCAAUCACCACUCUGCAUUACAUCUGUAUCCAAUGUUUACCCUGGGACUUGUAUAUUAAAUGCAUGUGCAUUUGCUGCUUUUCCUGUGAUUAGAUGUUUGUUUUAGGUAAUGAAUAUUACACAUGUUCAGGGCUACAACAAGAUGCAAUAGGACUCUUCGAACAUUCCAGUUGUAAAUAGUGUUACAUAAUUAAAAUUUUCUUGUUUAGCAAAUUGCCUUCAAUUUAUUAUCAGUUAUAACUGAAUAAACUAUUAACUACUUUAAUAAUAUUUUGUAAUUUAUGUAGGUAUGUAUAUUUUGCAUAUUUAUAUAAAUUGCAGUUUAUUUAUGUAAAUAUGUAAAUAUGUUUAUUAUUAAUGAAUAUUAAUGAUUGAAAAAAUGACUACUUGAUAUAUUAUUUAUGAUUGAUAGUUAUAAAUGAAAUUGAUUGAAAAAAUGUUUUGCUUUUAAAAUAUUGUUUCAAUAGUGAAGGAUAGGUAUUAAUUUAAUAUACGGUAGCUGAUCGGAUUUCACACAACAGUGGUAUAGAUUUUUCUAAAGUGAAAAUUGAAAAAAAAAACAUUUCCUUUAAUAAGUAUUUUUUCAGUUUAUUUGCAACUAAGAGAUGAACAUUUAAGCUGGGCACUCACUGCCUCAUACGACCGUUGUGCGACUGUCGUACAACGAAUUUAACUCUGCUCUGUGUGCUGAUUGUUGGCAGCCUGAACGAAUCGCCAUUAAAACGAUCUGUUGAACGUGCGUUAAUGCAUUGUGUUUUCCAUGUAAUCACGCCAGUCGACGACCUUGGAGUGUAGCGAGUGCUCGGCUCAAGAUGCUUGAGUUGUUUUACCACUGAUUGUACAAAAAUAGGUCAUAGGUCAAUAGGUCAUUGUAUAAUGUUAGGAAGAGUCAAAGUUUAUAUGAUCAAUUCUCAGGUGUGCGCACUUUUUGUAACAUUCAUACCAUUGAGGUACAAUACUGUAUAUGUUAUCAUGUUUUCUUGUUCGUGCCUGUUUUCUCUACAUGGAGGGUCGUGAUAGCAAAACUGAUUUGAUUGGUGGUUUAUAAAUGCUUGUACUCCUUGCUGUGGAGGCAAAUAUUGUAUUUUGUUGGAUCUUGUAGCCAUUUUUAGCAGCCAAUCAGAUCACCAGUCUAUAAUCUCAAACUGUUUGCCAUUGUUCCUCCAUACUGUACAAUACCUCCUUGGUUAAAAAAACAAAAUUCCAUGAUAUGCUGAUUACAAAACUUAAACAUUCUGUAUGGCAGUGUGUGGUUGGCAAAACUAGGAGUUUAUGGUACUAACUUUGAUAAAACAGCCAAUUGUGAACAAUUUAACAUGAAACCUGUCUUGCUUCUUCAAACAGUCUGCUGCAUGCUGGAUAACAUGUUACUGAGCUGUAAAGUAUUCUUUGCGAUAAUAAGAGAAAAAAAAAAAAUUCAUUAAACAUGUGAUAUAACUGGCCUUGAAAUAAAUGUCUUGAAGUACCCACAUAGAAGGUUUAAUUAAUACUUUCCACUUCAAAACAUUUUUUUUAAAUGCUUAAUUUCAAAUAGUCAUUAGUUUUAAAUGUAUGGUUUAAAUAGUAGAUUGAUAUUAUCUGUGAUCUCAGCAACCCACCGGGCAUAUAGAUUUGAAGAUAUAAGCUAUAAAAAAAGGAAGCUAUACAUGUUAUUAAAAUGUUUAAUUGCUUUUUUAAUUGUAUUUUUGGUUUUUCUUUUAUAAUAAAAGUACACUAUUUAUUUUUGAUUUAUAAUUUUGUAAUAAGUAUGAGAUGACCAAAUAAAAGUGCAAUUGUAAACCUUAUUCCCAUGGUAAUUGCCAGAUAGUUUAAAAAUUAGUUCUGUUGGCUGGAAUAAAACAAGCCAUCCUAUUGGCUGAUAGACAAGCUGUUAUCCAACAGACAAGCCAUCCUUUUGGCUGCCAAACAUGUUUCACAAUCAGUGAAAAUGUGAAAAACAGUGAAAAUUUUUAACACAUAUUGACAGGUCAGGUUUUUUUGAAUGGAUCGUCUUUAAAAACGAUCCGUUGUGCUCGUGGCGUUGCGUUGUCCAUAUAAUCGCAUCGGCCGACGACCAUCGGGUGCAUUGACUGGUCCGGGCUUAAAACACUGAAAUGUGUAAUAUGUGACAAAGACAAGCCAAACCAGUCACUAGUCGCAAAAAUCGAUUUUGUGUUAUUAAUACAGUGUUAGAGAGUAAAAUAAUAGCUAUAAAAUGGUAAAAAAAUCAUUCAAAUCGGACUUUUCCUUAUGA